AUGAGCGCCUGGGUGUUGAAUAGGAAGGGGGUGCCGCAGUUCCGCCGUCACUUUUUGACUGACAACAGAGUUGCUCAAGUGGAGCGAUGCAUGAGCGUGAUGCAGUCCGGGACGCAGAUGGUGAAGCUGAAGACAGGGUCCAAAGGGCUGGUGAGGCUCUUUUACCUGGAUGAGCAUCGCUCCUGCAUCCGCUGGAAGCCAUCACGCAAGAGCGAGAAGGCCAAGAUCACCAUUGACUCGCUGUAUAAAGUGACAGAGGGUGGUCAGUCGGACAUCUUUCAUCGACAUGCUGAGGGCAGCUUGGACCCGGCGUGCUGCUUCACAGUCUACCACGGCAACCACAUGGAGUCCCUGGAUUUGGUCACGUCCAACUCGGACGAAGCACGGACCUGGGUCACAGGCCUCCGCUACCUGAUGGCCGGCAUUAGUGACGAGGACUCUCUAGCCAAACGGCAGCGCUCCCACGACCAGUGGAUGAAGCAGACUUUUGAGGAAGCUGAUAAGAACGGUGACGGCCUGCUGAAUAUUGAUGAGAUCUACCAGCUCCUUCAUAAGCUCAACGUGAAUCUCCCACGGAGGAAGGUCAAGCAAAUGUUCCAGGAAGCAGACACGGACGAUCAGCAGGGCACGCUAACAUAUGAUGAAUUCUCCGUCUUCUACAAGAUGAUGUCCAUGCGUCGUGACCUUUUUCUGCUCAUGAUGGCUUACAGCGACAGAAAGGAUCACCUGACGGCUGACGAGCUCGCCAACAUGUUGCGCUGUGAACAGAAGAUGGUCAAUGUGACUCCGGAAUAUGCUGCAGAAAUCAUUGACAAGUUUGAGGUGUCUGAUGAGAACAAACAAAAAGGUGUUAUGGGGAUUGAAGGUUUUACAAGCUUCAUGCGCAGCCCGACAUGCGACAUCUUCAACCCGCUGCACAACGACGUGAACCAGGACAUGGAUCAACCUUUGUGCAACUACUUUAUCGCCUCCUCUCACAACACAUAUCUAACUGGAGACCAGCUCCUGUCGCACUCCAAGACUGACAUGUACGCUUGGGUUCUGCAGUCCGGCUGCCGCUGUGUUGAAGUGGACUGCUGGGACGGUCCAGAUGGCGAGCCCAUGGUCCAGCACGGCUACACACUGACCUCCAAGAUCACCUUCAAGUCCGUCAUCGAGACCAUCAACAAAUACGCUUUCAUCAAUAACCAAUUCCCGGUCCUUCUAUCCAUCGAGAACCACUGCAGUAUCCAGCAACAGAAGAAAAUUGCCCAGUAUUUGCGGGAAGUGUUUGCCGACAAGCUGGACGUCGCGCACGUGCUCAGCAGGGAGUCCAAGACGCUGCCCAGCCCACAGAGCCUGCAGGGCAAGAUUCUCAUUAAAGGCAAGCGUCUCCCUGCAUAUUUGUCUGCGGAUGCCGAGGAAGGCGAGGUGUCUGACGACGACAGUGCAGAUGAAAUUGAGGAUGACUUCAAGCUCAAGAACAGCAAUGGAAAUGGUCACCAACACCAAGUUGAGUCUCACAUAAGGAAGAAGCUAGACUCUCUUCUGAAAGAGUCUCGCAUCGGUGACAAGGAAGACACUGACAGCUUCAGCAUCAGAGCCCUGCUUAGGGCCACCCAUCAGGGCCUGCAGAAGAACCUCCGCCAGAACUCCAGGGGGGGUUUGAAGAAAUCCCAAAGCCGAUCCUUCAUCACCACACUAAAACAGAAGAGGCACUCUAAAUCGCGGCUGACAUGCCAAAGUGUGGAGAAGGAGGAGGACGAGCAGGAGACAUCCAUGCGUGACGCUGGAGGGCAGUUUAACAGGGGAGGGAGGAAGCGGAAGACCAUGAAGUUGAGUCGGGACCUAUCAAACCUGGUGGUUUUCACUAACUCUGUGGCCUCACAGGAGUGUCUCAAUGAAGGUACACCUGGUGACGUCCUCUCAUUCAGCGAGACCAGAGCCCAGUCACUGGUCAAUCACCGUGCCGAACACUUUCUGGCUUUCAAUCAGAGGCAGCUGUCACGGAUUUAUCCUUCAGCAUAUCGCAUCGACUCGUCCAAUUUCAAUCCACAGUUCUACUGGAAUGUCGGCUGUCAGCUGGUGGCGCUGAACUACCAAACGGAAGGCCGUAUGAUGCAGCUCAACAGGGCAAAAUUCAUGGUGAAUGGAGGUAGCGGAUACGUCCUCAAGCCACCACCCAUGUGUAAAGGAACCUUCAACCCAUUUAGUGAUGACCCACUUCCAGCUUGCCCCAAGAAGCAGCUUGUUCUUAAGGUCAUUAGCGGACAGCAUUUGCCCAAGCCACCAGAUUCCAUGUUGGGGGACCGUGGAGAGAUUAUUGAUCCAUUUGUGGAAGUGGAGAUCAUUGGUCUGCCAAUUGACUGCUGCAAAGAGCAAACUCGCGUUGUUGAUGACAACGGUUUCAACCCCGUGUGGGAGGAGACCCUGUCCUUCACACUGCACAUGGCUGAGGUGGCGCUGGUACGCUUCCUUGUUUGGGAUCACGACCCCAUCGGACGGGACUUUAUCGGUCAACGGACGGUUGCAUUCAGCAGCCUCAUGCCCGGUUACAGACAUGUCUACCUAGAAGGCCUGACCGAAGCGUCCAUCUUUGUGCACGUGUCUGUGCAUGAUGUCUACGGCAAAUGGAGUCCUCUAGUCCUGAAUCCCAGCUUUACCAUAAUGCACUUUCUAGGAUCCAGCAAGGGAAAUCAGCUUCGAGGCAUUCGGGGUUUGUUCAACCGCUCUUCUAAGUCCUCUGUGGAUACGAAUUCGACAGGCCUUCGGAAGCGCUCCAUCAGUGACCAUCUACUGCGCCGCACGGCUAGUGCUCCGGCGAAAGGCCGCAAGAAAACCAAAAUGGCGCUGUCCGAGUCGGCGGCUUCCAUGUUAGAGCACAAGAACGGUGCGGGGUUGGAGGCCGUUGGGGAGGGAGUGUCUGGGAAGGAGGCAGGUGUGGAAAAAAGGCCCCAGGGCAGGCCUCUUCUCACCCACAGACCCAUCUCCAUGCCUUUAGACAGGCUUCUGCAGGGACAGCUUACCCUGUGCUCCGGAGACAAGGAGCAUGACUUGAGUGCCAAUGCAGUCAUUGGAACUUUCCCAUUUGACAGACCCAGAUCUUCCUCAGUGGAUCUUCUCACCAAAUCAUCGGCUUCCAUUCAUGAAAGCAUCCAAACACCCUCUAAGUUGAACAGUCAAUGGAAGAAAGAGCUCAACAAACCACAGGAAGCGUCUUAUCUUGUUGUUGGUGGCGAUAACAUUACAAAUGAGGAUGACUAUGUAAAUUAUCAAGCAGGUAUUAAUCGAGCCAACCUCUCGAAAACCCACUCUGCCCCUUCCACCAACAACCACUGUAGAUCGGAGAAACCGGAAACAACUUCUACCAGCACAGUCUUCACAAUUGCACCUUCCGUGUCCUCAUCCUCAUCUUGCUCUGUCGCCCCUCUUUCCCCUGUCAACUGUGAUCGUGACUUAAAGAGUCCCAGCUCGCUGCAUGACAGCACAAUUUCCAGACUGAUUGACGCCAUGUCAUUAGGCAAUGAGCAAGACACUCAAGGCUCCAUAUCAGCUCUGAUCGGUCAAUUUGAAAGUACUGCCGACCAAAAUGAAUUCAACUCCUUUUGUAAUCGUACUUUUUCUCCUUCAGGACAGCUCCAAGAUGUCACUUCCACUUCAGCAAUUUCAGCCAAACAGAAAACUCUCCAAAUUACCACUCCAAGAAUAACUCUUUCACCAUGUACAGUUCCCCAAGUAGACUCUGCUAUCCUCUCCAGUCCAGAAACCACAGAUCUUGAGGAGGUCUACACCAUUCUUGACGAGGAGACAUUGUCACCUCCUGUGUCUGCAUACAAUCUGAAGAAUCAAUCAGUCAACGGCAAUGCAAAUAUUCUGGGCAACAAACCGUCAAGCAACCUGGCAUUUUCCCCAGUAAAGGUGGUUCAAGGCUUGGGAAGCCGCCAGAAUGUGUGUUGCAAUGUAAUUCCUACAAAUGGGAGGAGGAAUGAUGAUCCAGAAGAGAUCGAAGAGAGUGUAUACGAGGAAGUAUUUGAUCCACCAGCACCAAUAACAGAGCAACAGAGGAGUUCUACUCAAAGAUACAUGCUUUCACCUGUGAACCAGUCUUUCCAAUUAUCCAAUAACCGUGUUGGCAAUGCGUUUGCAGAGGUAGAGGUGAAUGUUGAUGAGGAUCCAACAGAGGUGAGUUUGACCUCACCGAGAUGCACAUGGAAGGCCCGCAGUAGUCCGACAAAACAGACCGCCAUUUACCAAAAUGAGUCCACUCCAAAAUACUCCAAACAACGACAUCCUCUGCCUUAUCGUGAGCUUCAGCAGUACCCAACAUAUUCGCCAAUUCCCUCCCCGUACUUUAAACCUACGUAUCAGUGUAUAGAUCAACAAUGCAACCUCCAAUCUUCUCCAAUGCACAGACCUAUGGACUCUAAACCUUCCAGACCAAGACCACUAAGCCACAAUGGCUAUCCGAGCUCUCAAAGCAAUACUUUACGUUAUAAUAGAGACUUAACGCAACAGACCAGCUACAACGGCAGCCUGAUCCUAAAUGGUUUUCAACAAGACGGAGAAGGCAACGAGAUCCCUAAUGGUUUUCACCAAGUAGUUCAAGGGCAUAGAGCUGCAGAGCCGGGAAGAUUCUUACAAAAUGGGUUUUCCACUUCAGAAAAUCUCCCGAUUCCCAGUUCAAGAGUUAGAUGUCUUUCUUUUCAUACUGCAUAUAGUCACUUUGACAAUGAUAAUGUUACAGAUCAGUGUUCAGUGUCCCAGUCACGCUCUCAAAGUCAAAAUCAAGUGUCCACUCCAAACCACACGUGGAACCAAAAUGUUCCAGUGCCCCAAAUACAGUCUGAAACCAAAGCUCCCAAGAUUUCAACUGUAAGGUCUUUAUCAACUGGUCGCCAAUCAAAUACUGUCAGUUGUACUGUCAGCACUCCAUGUAAGUCCAAGUCUCUGGGAGAUCUAACCUCUGAAGACAUAUCAUGUAAUUUUCAGAGCAAGUAUCACAUCAUUAGUCGCAGUUUCAUCACUCCACACAUGAGGAAACAUAAGAGGAUGGGAACCAUGGGGGGAGGAACUCUCCAGUCCCAAUCUCGAGACCCGCUAACAGAACAGUUGCGCAAACUUGUCAAUUUUGAGGUGGAAGACGGUGAAAAAGAAAUGCCCCCAUAUCCGCAAUGUCAUAUGGAUGUGAAAUCCCCUUGGAAAACAAGCACCGAACCUCCAACCUCCAAGGGUAUCGAUGACUCCCCUCCACUACUCGCCCGUCGCUUAUCGUCCCGUAGUCAAAGCCGAGUGCGUCACAUCAACAACCGUGCUCGUGAAAGACAGCAGGAGGCUCUGAAACCACCAUCAGGUGGCACGGUGAAUGGUAUUACCGCUGUUGGUGGAGUAGUUUUGAGGAAUAAACCAACCUCACAAAAUUCACCUGUGAACAGACACUCUACUGGUUCUUACAUCGCUGGUUACUUUGGGCAGCUGGAGGACAGAGGACUUCCUGAGGGAGCUUGUACAUCGUCACAGUUUGGAAACGGUGAUCAACAAGCAGAUCUCUACUGUGCCGGUGACCCUCUUCCAUCUUUAGACUCCUCCUACUUUUCAUCAGAGCCAGAGGUUUACUUUCUGCUCAGACUUUAG